GGUGGAGGUGCACAAGCCCAAGCUCCUGAAAUCCGCUACGAAAUUAUAGAAAUACCGAUUCAAAUUCCAGCACCAGAAAUCGAUACCGACGACGAUGACGACGAUGCAGAUGAUGGCGGUGAUGGAGGUGACGGUGGCGAUGACGGCGAUGGCGGUGAUGAAGGUGACGGUGGCGAUGAUGGCGAUGGCGGUGAUGAAGGUGACGGUGGCGAUGAUGGCGAUGGCGGUGAUGAUGGUGAUGGAGGAGACGAUGGAGAUGGUGGGGAUGAUGGCGAUGGUGGAGAUGAUGACGGGGGUGAUGAUGAUGACGGUGGUGAUGAUGAUGGCGGAGGAGGAGAUGGAGGAACUUGUGGUGCUGACGGCGGUGAUGUUGGCUGUGACGGACUUAACGAAGCACCCACUCCUGGAGAUCAACAAGGUGGUGUUCUAGGUUCAACCUGCUCUUCCUGCCCUUCCUUUAUCUCACGUACCCAAGCCGUCUGUGGGUCCGAUGGAACCACCUAUGAUAAUCUGUGUGAGCUCAGGGCUUCGGCAUGCAAGAAAAAAGACACCACUCUCAAAUAUACUAGCGAUGGAAACUGUGCAGGGAGUCUGCUCAUGCGACCGCCCCAGACCUAAUACCGAAUCAAGAAAGAGGACGCUGAUGGCAGCAGAUACUUAAAAUUAUGGAUUUUUUAAUGGUACUUUAUUGUAUUAUUUAUUUGUUUAUAUUCUUUAUUUGUCUUAUUUCUUAUUUGAAAAAUAUAUUUGUAUGGAAAAUUGAAUUAUUUGAUUCUCUUGCUUUUUUCUGGAAAUAUGUGUGUGUGCUUAUGCGGAUGGGGAAGGGAGUGCGACG